AUGAGAAUGAGACGAAUGAGAAUAUUGUCGUGGGCGAUAGCAGUCGCGCUAAUCCUUGUGUUGGGUGAUCAGGUAUGGCUGGCACAAGCACAAGACCCCGCUGCCGUGGAAACCCCCGCCGACCCCGCAGCCGCAGGCGACCCCGCUGCCACGGCCGAUAACCCUGCGGCCAUGGAGCUCCUGUCGCAGGCCAUGUUCAAACGCUUCAACAAUUUCUCCGCCUUCUUCGGCCCCGACGUCAAGAAGCAUCUCAAGUACUGCAUCAGAGAUAUGGAUGCUGAAUGGGAUAAGGCGUUUAAUUUCUCUAAGAACACCAAGUUUCUGGCGGAAUGCGUUAAAGGCGACAAAGGCAUGCAUAAUGCUAUGCAGCGGCUGUGCACGGCGGCGGAGGUGAAGUUCUACGGGCAGAGUCUGUUAGGGGGAGAGGACGGAGAAGUGAAGAGAAAAUAUAGUCUGAGGCCUAACACGAACUGCAACAUGUCGGGGUGGCCCGAAGGGUGCGAGCCCGGGUGGUCCUGCAAUGUCAGGAAAGAAGAUAAGGUUGACAUAAAAAAUGACAAAGUGAUACCGGAGAGGCUUCUUGACUGUCAGCCUUGUUGCCCUGGCUUCUUCUGCCCUCUUGGCCUUACUUGCAUGAUACCCUGCCCCUUGGGAGCCUACUGCCCUCGAGCUCAAGUUAAUGAAGCCACCGGUGUCUGUGCUCCGUACCGUUAUCAACUACCUCCAGGGCAGGUCACCCACAGCUGUGGCAGCGCUGACAUGUGGUCUGAUUUUACAUCUGGCCACCCGUUGUUCUGUUCCGGAGGAUUCUACUGUCCCACCACAACCCAAAAGAACCCCUGCACCAAGGGACAUUUCUGUAGGUCUGGUUCCACUACUCAGACGCCGUGCUAUCAGCUCGCAGGCUGUCACAGUCAAACUGAGAAUCAGAAUAUCACAGCUUACGGACUCAUCUUCUUUGGUGGGAUCACUAUGAUCCUUCUCAUCAUAUACAACUGCUCCGGUCAAGUCCUGAGUGAUAGAGAGAAGAGGCAGGCCAAGUCGAGAGAAGCUGCUGCUAAGAGCGCCCGGGAAACGGUGCAGGCACGGGAGAGAUGGAAGUCAGCCAAAGAUGUUGCAAGGAAAGGUGCUGAGCUCACGGCACAGUUGUCACGGACAUUCUCCCGUAAGAAGUCCGUGCUGAAUGAGCCACAUAAAGGCUCCGGACAACCUAAACCGGGAUCAGAUGGCGCGUUGCCUCCAGUCACUGGUGACUCAAAAGGGAAAAAGAAAAAGGAAAGCAACUUAACCAAGAUGCUGCGCGACCUCGAAGAGAAUCCCGAUAAUGAUGAGGGGUUCAACGUGGAGAUCGGAGACAAGAAUCUGAAGAAGCAUGCGAAGGGGAAGCAGCUGCACACGCGCAGCCAGAUCUUCAAGUAUGCGUACGGCCAGAUCGAGAAGGAGAAGCAGAUGCAGGAACAGACCAAGAAUAUGACAUUCUCCGGUGUCAUAUCCGUGGCUUCCGAUUUAGAAUUCUCGAGUAGGCCACCUAUUGAGGUGUUCUUCCAAGACUUGGCUAUCACGUUGAAGGGUAAAAACAAGCAUCUCUUGAGGUGUGUGACAGGGAAGCUCGUACCUGGCCACGUUUCUGCUGUCAUGGGUCCGUCAGGUGCUGGGAAGACAACAUUCCUCUCAGCCUUGCUGGGAAAAGCUGCUGGAUGCACUAUCACCGGCUCCAUCCUCAUCAAUGGCAAGAACGAACCUAUGCAAUCAUAUAAAAGAAUUAUCGGAUAUGUUCCUCAAGAUGAUAUAGUUCAUGGAAAUUUGACAGUGGAGGAGAAUCUCUGGUUCAGUGCCAGAUGCAGACUCGCAGCUGAUCUUGAAAAAUUUGAGAAAGUUUUAGUUGUUGAGAGAGUAAUCGAGUCCCUAGGGUUGCAGCACAUUAGGGACUCCCUAGUUGGAACAAUCGAGAAAAGAGGAAUCUCCGGAGGUCAGAGGAAACGAGUCAAUGUCGGACUUGAAAUGGUUAUGGAGCCUUCACUGCUAAUCUUAGAUGAGCCUACGUCUGGCCUAGACAGUUCUUCUUCACUGCUACUCCUCAGAGCCCUACGUCGUGAAGCUCUUGAAGGAGUAAAUAUAUGCAUGGUGGUUCACCAACCAAGUUACACAUUAUACAGGAUGUUCGAUGAUUUGAUACUUCUAGCUAAGGGAGGCCUUACGGUGUAUCACGGACCAGUGAAGAAAGUCGAGGACUACUUUUCUGGUCUAGGGAUCGUUGUCCCUGAAAGAGUGAAUCCUCCUGAUUAUUACAUUGACAUAUUGGAAGGAAUAGUGAAACCAAGUGCAAAUGCAACAGUUAAAUUUAAGGAACUUCCCCUCAGAUGGAUGCUUCACAAUGGUUAUCCUGUACCACCCGACAUGCUAGAUUCUGCAGGGGUGUCAUCUGUUUCCGCUGAUGACUCAUCCCAUGGAGGAAUGACGCCUGCCAGUACUUCUACGCCAGAGCAAUCUUUUGCCGGAGAUCUUUGGCAGGAUGUUAAGUUUACCGUAGGCCAGAAGAAAGAUCACAUAUGGCUUAAUUUCAACAGAUCACAAGACUUGUCUAAUCGAGAGACACCAAACGUUGUGAUGCAGUAUAAGGUUUUCUUAGGGAGACUCGGAAAACAGCGACUAAGAGAAUCCAGAGCACAAGCUGUGGACUUUCUGAUCCUCCUACUGGCAGGAAUCUGCUUAGGAACACUUGCAAAAGUGAGCGAUGAAACCUUUGGCUCAUCGGGAUAUCUGUACACAGUCAUUGGAGUGUCCCUGCUCACCAAGAUUGCUGCUUUGAGAUCCUUUUCUCUGGACAAGUUGCAUUACAGGAGAGAGAGUGGUUCUGGCAUGAGCAGCUUGGCUUAUUUCCUAGCAAAGGACUCGGUCGAUCAUUUCAGCACCAUCAUAAAGCCUGCUGUCUAUCUAUCAAUGUUCUAUUUCUUCAACAAUCCCAGGUCUACCAUUUUUGAAAACUACCUGGUCUUGCUGUGUCUCGUAUACUGCGUUACUGGCAUAGCCUACAUUCUUGCAAUCUACUACGAACCCGCUCCAGCCCAACUGUGGUCAGUGUUGCUUCCUGUUGUUCUUAGUCUCAUUGCCAACCAAGAUGCGGAGUCAUUCGCAUCAAAAAUAGGAGACUAUUGCUACACAAAAUGGGCUCUGGAAGCAUUCCUGCUUGCAAAUGCAGAAAGGUAUUCUGGGGUAUGGCUUAUUCAAAGAUGUGGCGCAAUCAGAAAGAGAGGUUAUGACCUUGAGGACUACUACCCCUGUUUGGCAUACCUCAUUGCCACUGGUAUAUUCAGUCGAGGGGUGGCCUUCUUCUGUCUGGUCACUUUCCAGAAGAAAUAGUUACAGAGAAUCUAGCUGUUUUUUAUUUUCUUGUAGCAGAGAGGUAAAUGGAAGGGCAAGAUUCAUAGUUAGGAAAAUUCUCAGGCAAGCAUUGUCAUGGGAUACAGUUAGCAGUGAGAG